AUGCCCGAACCAUCGCCUGGUGUCAACCACGCUGACUCCAUCGACCCGCAACAUGAUACAGGGAAGAAGGACGACAAGAAGAAGAGCCGCCGACCGGCAACGUUUGAAGGCAUGGCAACCAAUCUUGACACCCAAAACUGUCUUGCCUCUGUUCUUCAUUAUCGGCAUCAUAUUCGCUCCCAUCGGUGGAUUGUUACUCUACGCAAGUUCGAAAGUAGGUUUCGCACUUUCUUAGUUCUGGAGCGAUCGCUCACCAAUGCGCCCGUCAAGGAGAUUCGGAUCGAUUACACCAACUGCCUUACUGAAGCGACAGAGAACCUCGAGGCCAUGGACUCAAAGUACAUUAGCACUGCGUUCAGUAGCGAUGCCCAGACAAAGAACGCUCUGUGGGCUGUAAGGGACAUCGAAGUCAAAGACGGACCGAUCACCUACCCGGCGAAGCAAUGCACAAUUCAAUUCUAUAUCCCCGAGCCGAUGGGACCCCCGGUGUUGUUCUACUAUCACCUUACAAACUUCUACCAGAAUCACCGGCGAUACGUCGCGUCCUUUUACGACAAGCAGCUCAAGGGCAAUGCGGAAUCCGCCAGCAAUGUCAACAGCUCCUCCUGCGAGCCCCUCGAGUGGGAUUCGGAAGCCCAGAAGCCUUACUAUCCCUGUGGUUUGAUUGCAAACUCCAUGUUCAACGACACAUUCACCUCGCCCCGCUGGUUGCAGGGGGACUCGAUAUACCCGAUGUCAACUGAGGAGAACAUCGCCUGGGCGUCCGAUUCCGACCUUUACGGCAAAACCCAGUACAACCCCGAAGAUAUUGUGCCGCCGCCGAACUGGAGAGUCCGCUACCCGAACUACACCGCUGAUCACCUUCCGCCGGACAUCUCCAAGUGGCCUGCUUUCCAGGUUUGGAUGAGAACCGCUGGAUUGCCGACUUUCAGCAAGUUGUACCAGCGGAACGACGACGAGAGCAUGGUGACAGGUAAUUACGAAGUCAACAUCACGGACAAUUUCCCAACAACGGAGUACAAGGGAACCAAGUCAAUUGUCAUCACCACGCGUACAAUCAUGGGCGGUAGAAACCCUUUCCUUGGAAUUGCAUACGUCGUCGUCGGUGGCAUGUGCAUUCUUCUAGGCGUUGUCUUCACAGUCACCCAUCUUAUCAAGCCGAGAAAGCUGGGCGACCACACCUAUCUUUCAUGGAAUAACGCGCCCGGGUCCAAGCAGGGCGCCGGUGCCAGCUCAGCAGUGGCAUCAGGUCGCGACGCACGACCCGGCGAUGCCUAG